AUGGCUCCAACAAAAACCCUCCCACUGGCCAUUUCCCGCCUCGUCGGCCGUCAAACCACAGCAACGGUGACGGCAGUCACCACAGCCUCAGGGUCCACGUCCAACUCGGGCCUCGACGGGGGCGCCAUAGCGGGUAUCGUCAUCGGCACCGUCGUCGGCAUCCUGCUGCUGUGGUGGAUCAUCCGGGCUUGCACGCAGCCCCGCGCCGCCGAUGCCAGCAACCAAGGCUGGUACGACGACACAGCCCCACGGGCGCGGUCGCGGUCGCGGUCACACGGCCGGCACCAUCACCACCACCAUCACAGCAGCCGCCACCACAGCAGGCGGCGCUCAUCAACCUCACGGCCCGUGGUACUCGAGGAGAAGGUCGCCUACGCCCCCAGGCGGCCAUCGGCGACAUAUGUCUACCCGGAGGGCAGGUCACGUAGCCGCUCGGCGGGGAGGUACUACACCACCACUAGCUAG